GUCAAUUUCCUCAAUCCUGCCCAACCCUGCCAUACAACUUUCCUGUUGUUUCUCCCUUUCCUUUUCAUUCCUAACAUCCCCCCAUCUAAAUCCGAGUCUCUCAUUACUUCUGUGCUGAAGCUCCGUUAAGACGCGGGGACCGCGGGUCAUACUCCUUUCUCACUUGCGCUUACCCCUAGCAAGCUCCACGUUGAUUCCACCGAGUCAACUUCCGGCUCACAAUGGCCGAGCAACAGAAGGCAGGAGGGGGCAAGCCAUGGAGCGGUACCAACAAAAUCCCCACUGUCAAUGAAUUCAUAUCGAGACUGGACAAAAACAAAUCAGAGCGAGACAAGGCCCUUGAAACACAGAACUCCGAUACUGCAACUGCACAUCAUAGUGAGAAGCCAAAACAGGGAGGCAAGACAGUGACAGAUCCUGUGACUGGACAUAACGUCGUUAUCGACGAUGUGGGUAAAGAGUUCAUGGAGCGAGCAGACAAUCCCCAGCUAUCUGUACCAAAUGCCAACCUAGGCAAACCUACAACAGUAGCGACAGACGCGUCUAUGAAAAACCCUGAGUACAAAGAAAAGCAGGACAUCACAGCACCUCCCGAUCCCAUUGCUGAGGGCAGCACUUCCGACGUGCCUAUCCAUGGCGAGAAAACCAAUAUCUUGUUCCAUCCUACUCCAUCAGUCAGCUAUGAGCCAAUGUUCGAAGCCCUGGAGAAGCGUGCAGGUGGUCUUUGCAUUGCCAUCCUGCUGUCCAUUGUCAUCCUCGGAAAGACGUUUGGCGGCUCCCUUAAAGGCUUGAUACCCUUGGGUAUGUGUCUAGCUUCAGGCGUGUGGUUAUGGAUGAAGGAGGUUGUCAGGAGCGGUCGCGAGGUUGAAUGGUCUAGUGAACAGAGCAGAGGCGAAACAGCCGUUGCCAACCUUCUGCCCGAAUCUGUCGAAUGGAUGAACACGUUCCUUGGCGUUGUUUGGGGUCUUAUCAACCCUGAAAUGUUUUCUGCUGUUGCAGACACACUCGAAGACGUGAUGCAAGCCUCGGUUCCUAGCGUCAUCAACAACGUCAGAGUAGCUGAAAUCGAUCAGGGGAAUAACCCUAUCCGCAUCCUCAGCUUGCGAGCACUGCCCGACUCGAGAGUGGAAGACCUUAAGCAGAGUAUACAUGAGGAGAAUAAGAAGACCAAGGAUCCGCAAGAAGCUGCAGCUGACGAGGAAGGUGGUGACUAUUACAACCUCGAGAUUGCCUUUGCCUACCAUGCCAAACCUUCCGGAAAGAGCGCAUCCGCCCGUGCAAGAAACAUGCACAUGAACCUUGUGUUCUACCUGGGUAUCAAAGGACUGGUCGGCGUGCCUCUGCCCAUUUUCGUCGAGCUUCAAGAACUCGUCGGGACAGUUCGUCUUCGACUGCAGUUGACACCCGAGCCACCUUUUGCAAAGAGUCUCACGUUCACUCUGAUGGGAGUGCCUCAUGUCCAAGCGGGCUGCAUUCCAAUGGUUAAGCAUGGGGUUAACAUCCUUAACCUGCCUUUGAUUUCCAACUUUGUCAACUACGCCAUAGGAGCCGCCGCCAGCAUGUAUGUCGCACCAAAAUCAAUGCAGCUCGACCUCAAAUCCAUGCUGCAAGGAGACGACAUCACCAAAGAUACCCAAGCCAUGGGUGUCAUGUGGAUUCGGAUCCAUCGUGCGAUUGGACUGAGCAAGCAAGAUCGUCGUGGCAGUAAAUACGGCGGCAGCGAUCCCUAUAUCAACCUGUCCUUCAGCAAAUACGGCAAGCCCAUGUACUGCACACGUGUCAUCACCGACGAUCUCAACCCAGUCUGGGAGGAAACUGCGGCUCUGUUGGUCACACCCGAGCUGAUCAAGGCUAAUGAACAACUCAGCGUCGAACUGUGGGAUUCGGAUCGCAACUCUGCAGAUGACAUGGUUGGCAAGAUCGAGCUCUCCAUGCAAAAGAUGAUCCAGCAUCCAGGCAAGAUGUACCCGCAAAUCUCCAAGCUCUCUGGCGUGCAAGAAGGAACUGAUAUGCCGGGCGAGCUACAUUGGGAAGUAGGUUACUUUGCCAAACCUAAGUUCCGCCCAGCACUUCGUACAGAUGGUAAGGACAAGAAUCUGCCAGACAAACUUCAGGACGACGACCAGUUUCAAGACGAGAAGGGUAACUUGGAUACCGAAGAUGCAGACGCUGUCGCGCAUACUCCUCCCGACCCUUUGUGGCCCAGUGGCGUUCUGAGUGUCAUUGUCCACCAAAUUGUCAACUUGGAAUUGGAAAAUAUCAAGGGUAGCGAAGGAAACCGAAAAGGCAAGGAAUUCGAGCCCGCCAAGCCGUAUGGAGAAGGUACCGAUGAGGAGUCUGAUGAACUACCCACUUCGUACUGCACGAUCUUGUUCAACGAUGCGCUUGUCUACCGUACCCGAGCCAAAGCGGUGUCUAGUCAACCCAUCUUCAAUGCUGGUACCGAACGCUUCAUGCGCGAUUGGAGAUCUGCCCUGGUCACCAUCACCGUCCGUGACCAGCGCAACCGCGAACACGAUCCAAUCUUGGGUGUCGUUCCUCUUCGUCUGUCCGAGAUCCUUACCACCAGCUCUCAGGUCACGAGGUGGUAUCCCCUUGAUGGUGGCAUAGGUUUCGGUCGCAUGAGGGUUUCUCUGCUGUUUCGAAGUGUCGAGACUCGACUUCCUCCAAACAUGGUUGGUUGGGAGGUUGGCACGUUCGAAUUUCUCUCAAGCCAGAUUGUUGCCACGGGUUGGUCCUCAAAUUCCAAGAUCAAGCUCCGCACUGGUGGUAGCGUUGCUAAGAUCUCUCGAACCCAAUGUCAUAAGAAUGACGGUGGUGAUGGCGUCUAUUGGGACGUGUCUCCUGAGAACAAUCAUCACGUCCGCCUUCCAGUCAAGUAUCGAUACCGAUCACCAGUCAUCUUCGAAUUCCACGUAUCAGGGAAACGCGGUGCAGCUGCAUAUGCAUCGAUCUGGCUGCAGAAUCUGGUCGAUAAUGAGGAGGUACCCAUUGACAUUCCAAUCUGGCAGACCAAGAACGGCAGUCGGUUGUGCCAGAACUACAUCACCGAGGAGAAUUCAAAGGCCUUUAUCGACAAAGGUCUAGAAGACCUCAAGGUGGUUGGUCGACUUCAAUUUCGAGGUCGCUUCAAGGCAGGUAUGGACGAAUCACACCGCGACUUCAUUGUUGACAACGACACACGCGAGACGUUUGAGACGUGGGAGUGCUGUUUGACUGAGGGUGUCAGGGACCGCGUGGUCGAGGCUGAGGUCCCCGAGAACAUCCAGCAGAUGCACGAGGCUUCUCUAGCGGAAGGCCGCGACGUCCUCAAGCAAGAGCUUUCGGGCCGAGACAAGCGUGUAUGGAGAAGUAAGAGUGGGGAGGAUUGGUCUGGUGCAUUUGGCCAUGAUCCCCGAGCGUACACGAACAAGAACCAUGACAAGAUUGCUGAGCCGGGGAAAGACGAUCCACCGCAUGACCCGUACGCUCCUUCAGACAACGAAGAGAAUGACGAUGUGGAUUAUGACGAUGAUUCGGAUGAGUCGUCUGAUCUGGGCAUUACUGAUGCCACGAAUGCCCCGGACGGGGGAUUUAAGAAGAACGCUCAAGAACAUGUGGAUAACCAUGCAAAUGGCAACGGACAUCCACGACAGAGCAUGGACACGAUGGCGACGAAUGACACCUCCUAUACCACCAUGACGGAGGGGUCAACUAACUCGGUCCAGCCAGUCACUAGGAAAGACUCCAAAUGGGAAGCCAAGGCUGGAAAGCGUGCAGAAGAACGUAAGCAUCGUGGGUUGUCACAGUGGAAGCCAGCAAGAAACGUCAAGUUCGCCAAGGACGAAGCCAAGAUCGGAGUGAACAAGCUUAAGAAGAAACUUGGGAUGGGUUCGUUGAGUGGAAGAGAGCCUGGAAUUGAGACUGAGACAUAGACUCAGAUGAGUUUGCUUUUCCUAUCCUACCUAUACCCUAUAGUGGGGGCAUGUCGCGGAGCAGAGGCGACGUGGG